CAAUCGCGAAUUAUCCUCCAGCUCAGUUGCUGCAGUACUGGAGUCGCGUGGUGAGGGUAACCGGAAGGGACUAGGCUAUAUUGGGUCGGAAAUAACACUCGAUUAAAAUAUAUAUAUAAAACAGAGGCAAUCCAUCGUUUAUAGACCGUUUGGGCAUUAAAACAUUCCUAACCAUCUACGGUCAUCAUUUUGAACAACCCAAAGCCAACCAUGUCGACCAAGGAGGAGACACCCGCCGCCGACGGAGAUAAACCGCAGACGUCCUCCUGGAAAGAUUCUAUCUACAACCCACGAACAGGAGAGUUUAUUGGCCGAACCGCUAAAAGCUGGGCCCUGAUAUUGCUUUUCUACCUGGUCUUCUAUGGUUUCCUGGCGGGGAUGUUCACGCUCACUAUGUGGGUCAUGCUGCAGACCCUGGACGACAACAUUCCUACGUACCGCGACCGAGUGGCCAGUCCAGGUUUGGUGAUCAGGCCCCGGUCCUUGGACAUCGUCUUCAACCGCACCGACCCAAACAAGUACGGCCAGUAUGUCCAGCAUCUGGAGAACUUCCUUCAGAAAUACAACGACAUUGUGCAGGAGAAGAACGAACUGUGUAUGGUGGGAGAGUACUAUGAGCAGGAUGAUCAGGAGGAGAAGAAGGUGUGUCAGUUCAAGCGCAGUCUGCUCCGGCAGUGCUCCGGCCUGUCUGACACCACCUUUGGCUACGCCGAGGGCGAACCCUGCGUCCUCGUCAAGAUGAACAGGAUCAUUGGACUGAAACCGCGUGGGGACCCCUACAUUAACUGCACUGCUAAGAGAGAAAGCCACCUGCAGAUGCAGUACUUCCCAUCUGAGGGGCGGUUCGAUAAGAUGUACUUCCCUUAUUAUGGGAAGAAUUUGCAUUCAACCUACGUUCAGCCCCUGGUCGCGGUCAAGCUUCUGCUGACCAAGGAGGACUACAACAACGAGCUGACCAUUGAGUGUAAGAUUGAGGGCUCGGACCUGCGGAACAGUGACGACCGCGACAAGUUCCUGGGGCGCGUCACAUUCAGGGUCAAAGUGGUCGAGUAGUGGUUCAGGAAAACCACCAGAGCUGCACAAUGCCGUCUUUGUGUGUAAUCAAUGCCCUCACCCAACUCCAAUGAACCGUCCUCCUCAAUCCACUUCCCCCUUCCAUCCGGCCAGGACCAGGCCCUUCCCCCUUGGCUACUGGAAAGGGUGGAUCAGGGGAAGCUAUGGUAACAUGGUGGUGUGCUCCUUAUAUUCGUUUUUAAAUCCCCAUCCCAUAUCAUAUGUCACUGACUCCUCCACCUCCCUGCCCCCCCCU